AUGGGCUGGCUUAGAGCCUUGCACCGGCCAAACAACAACCUCCAUUUCGCCAUCUUGGCGCUCAGCAAACGACUUGCUUUCAGCUCAAGUGCCAGAGUGGCUGGGCAAAAGCCACCAAAAGAAUUUCAUGAGAAAUACGACUGGAUCGAGAACGUUGAAAAUCUCGAGAGAUAUGAUAACGGCGGCUUUCAUCCCGUCACGAUUGGAGAUGUUAUCAACAAGCGCUAUCGAGUCGUCGACAAGCUUGGCUACGGCGGCUACUCAACCGUCUGGAUGACGCGUGACAUGCAACAAGAUACCUAUAGAUUUCUCGAUGCUGCGCCUCGAACACCAGCGAAUUCUACCGCUUUAGUCGGGCUUGAUGCCAUUCCGCGCGUACUAGACGCCUUUACCGUGCGCGGUCCAAACGGAGAACAUCCAAGUUAUACGACUGCUAUUGCCGGGACUAACCUAAGGGAUGCUUGUGACUUGUCCAUGUUCAGGCUCGAGGUGGCGAGGGCCUUGGCAGUAAAGCUCGUCUCAGCCAUCGCCUAUAUGCAUAGCAGAGGCUACGCACACGGAGACGAGUUGUCUGUCGAGCAGCUAUACCAGAAAUACGGGCAUCCCGAGACAGUUCCAGUUUCUCGCGUUGAUGGUGGCACAUUGCCGCCGAGUAUUCCCUCCAAAGCCGUGCGCGCAGUAAAUCUCGGGAAAAAAGCAGAGGAAAUCUCUCUAGAUGAGACCGAUUUGUUACUUAUUGACUUUGGUGAAUCUUUUGCGCCCAAGUCAAGCACGCGACCGUGCGAGGACUGUCGAUCGCAUCUGGCAGCCCGACCGCCAGAAUCACACUUUGAGCCACUCUCACCGCUGUCUUUCCCUGCCGACAUUUGGUGCCUUGGUCUUGCCAUUUGGAACCUCUUUGCUAUACGUCCGCUCUUCGCUGCCGCAUUCUCCCCGCCGGCGGCGAUUAUUGCACAGCACGUAGACGCGCUUGGCCCCCUGCCAAGCGACUGGUGGUCGCGGUGGGAAGAGCGGGGUGACUAUUUCGAUGAGAAUGGCAAUUCUAUCCAGGGACAGUACGGCGGACCUACACUGAACAAGGCGUUUGACGACUGGCUUCACAAGAAUCGACUAGAGUUCGAGGUAGGCAGCUUCUCCGAGGAGGAAAAGACGGCCUUUUUACAGCUACUGCGACGCAUGCUUUCCUACGAUCCGCUAAAACGCCCUACUGCCGACGAAGUGCUCAAGUCUGGUUGGAUAGCCAACUGGGCAAUGGACGACUUUGAGAAGAGCUGCCGGAUGUCUCACGACUCUAGCGAUCGACCAGCCAAUAUGCUGAGCGUAGCGGAGUACCAGUCGAAAUAUGAUGAAAUCUCAGAGAUCCGCCUGGCCGCCAAGAAGGAUUUCUCCAUGUCCAACGCCAAGAAGCGAGAGAUUUCCCAGCAGUUCAAGGCCGCCCGCGACGACCUCCGCGCAGCUUCUAAAGCGGCGAUGGCUUCGUCGCGCGCGCCCCCAAAAACCUCAAACGAGGCCUCUGGCCCUAACAGUUGA